AGAGCCGCCACCCACGCGGUCAGAAUAAAUACAAAUUAGGAGGAACCAACAACGUCAUAAUGUUUUGCGGGGUGAGUCUCGCACUAAUCGUCGCGAUCGUUGGGUUAGCGUUAGUUUUUCUCAAAUAUCGCUAUAACUAUUGGGCACGGCGGGGCGUAGUGCACGAUAAACCCACUUGGUUGAAGGGCAAUAUAGGCACUGUCGGCAAGACAACGACUAUUUGCGAACCUAUACGGGAUUUUUAUAACAAAUACAAGAACAAAUCGCCUUUUGGUGGAUUCUAUUUUCCGCUGAGGCAUGUAGCCCUGCUGCUCGAUUUGGAGCUCGUGAAACAAGUGCUAAUUAAGGACUUUGGCAACUUCGCGCACCGCGGCAACUACUACAAUGAGGUGGAUGAUCCCAUCUCAGCGCAUUUGUUCAACUUGGAUGGUCCGGGCUGGAAGGAAAUGCGCACCAAAUUAACACCCACAUUCACCUCCCUGAAGAUGCAUCAAAUGCUGCCUACUGUGGUGGAGAUAGGCGAACGCUUUGUGGCUGUGAUACAGAGGGAUGUAGACGCCUCACUCGCCAUAUCAGCUCCAGAAACGCCCAUUGAAAUGAAGGACUUGCUCGCCAGAUUUACCACCGAUGUCAUAGGCAGCUGCGCUUUUGGUCUGGACUGCAACAGUCUGGCCAACCCCAAUGUUGAGUUCCGCGUCUUUGGUCGCAGGGUAUUCACGGAGCGUCGUCAUGGACGUUUGGCGUUUGCCUUUUUGCAGUCAUUUCCAAAGCUCGCCCGACACUUGCAUAUAAAAUUGGCACGUGAUGAUGUCAGCGAUUUUUAUAUGCGCGUUGUACGAGAGACUCUGGAAUAUCGGGAUCAACAUAAAGUGCAGCGCAAUGAUUUCCUCAAUUUACUGAUGGAGCUCCGCAAAGAGAGUGGCGGUGGUCUAACCUUCAAUCAAAUAGCCGCACAAGCAUUCGUAUUCUUCCUAGCUGGAUUCGAAACUAGUUCCAGUACAAUGGGAUUUGCGCUUUAUUUGCUGGCGAUGCAUCCAGAGACACAAAAGAGAGCGCGUGAGGAAGUGCAGAGAGUGUGGGCUAAGUACGGGGAGUUCAGCUAUGAGGCCUACAAGGAAUUCAAGUACAUACAACAAGUUAUUUAUGAAACCAUGAGAAUGUAUUCCAUUGCACCCAUACUUGCACGGAAGGCUAUCAACGACUACGAAGUAUCAGGCACUUCACAUAUUAUUGAGGCAGGGACUACUGUUAUCAUACCAGUUGACGCCAUACAUUAUGAUCCCGAUAUUUACCCAGAGCCGGAACGCUUUGACCCUGAUCGUUUUGCACCCGAGGCUGUGGAGCAGCGCCACCCCAUGUCUUGGCUGCCUUUUGGAGCGGGUCCACGUAAUUGCAUCGGCUUGCGUUUUGGUGAAAUGCAGUCCGUCAUCGGCUUGGCCAUGCUGCUCAAGCAUUUCCAAUUCUCUGCCGCCAAAGAGACUCCUAUACCAUUAGAAAUAGACAAGGAAAGUUUUAUACUAGCCUCGAAAGGGGGCAUUGUAUUAAAUGUGCAGUCACUCUAACAAGAACACAUAAUGCAAAUAAUUAGGCACAAAUAUAAUAUGUAUUCGGAAUAUAAUUCAAACAGGUAUACAACAUUUUUAAUAAGUUCAAUAUGUUGGUAUAGUUUAUAAAAAAAUAAAAAUUUAAACGACAAAGUAAUGGUCCGUAAAAUCUGUUGUUGUGUUCUCAAUUCAACCAUAACAAUAGAUCGGAUCAGCGGAACCUGUGAACGAACUCCAAAAAAAUAACUUAAUAUAAUAAAAAAAAAAUAUGGAAAAACAUUAA